AUGGAGGUCCUAAGAGUACAAACAAUAGCUCAUCAAUCCAAAGACUCAUCAAUCCCCUCCAUGUUCGUCCGAGCAGAAAACGAACAACCGGGAAUAACAACCGUCCCCGGUGUCAAACUCGAGGUGCCGAUAAUCGAUUUCAGCAAUUCAGAUGGAGAAAUAUUACAAAGCAAGAUAAUGGAAGCGAGUAAAGAGUGGGGAAUGUUUCAAAUUGUGAACCAUGAGAUUCCAAAUGAUGUUAUAAAAAAACUACAAAGUGUUGGUAAAGAGUUCUUUGAGUUACCACAAGAAGAAAAAGAGGUUAUUGCUAAACCUGUUGGGUCGAAUUCAAUUGAAGGGUAUGGUACCAAUCUUCAGAAAGAUGUGAAUGGGAAGAAAGGUUGGGUGGAUCAUUUGUUUCAUAUUAUUUGGCCACCUUCUUCUGUUAAUUAUCGUGUUUGGCCUAACAAACCUGCUUCUUACAGGGAGGUGAAUGAGGAAUAUGGGAAAUAUCUACGGGGAGUGACGGACAAACUAUUCAAAAGCCUAUCAGUUGGGCUUGGGCUUGAAGAACAUGAACUUAAGGAAGCUGCAGGUGGAGAUAACAUGAUUUACCUAUUGAAAAUAAACUACUACCCACCUUGUCCAAGUCCUGAUCUUGUCUUAGGUGUGCCACCUCACACUGACAUGUCUCAUGUCACCAUUCUUGUCCCUAAUGAAGUGCAAGGCCUUCAAGCCUCUAGAGAUGGGCAAUGGUAUGAUGUUAAGUAUGUCCCAAAUGCUCUUGUCAUUCACAUUGGUGACCAAAUGGAGAUACUAAGCAAUGGGAAAUAUAAGGCUGUGUUGCACAGAACAACAGUGAACAAAGAUGAGACAAGAAUGUCUUGGCCAGUUUUCAUUGAGCCACAAGGAGAGUUUGAAGUUGGUCCUCAUCCAAAGUUGAUUAACAAAGACAACCCACCAAAGUUUAAGACCAAGAAAUAUAAGGAUUAUGCUUAUUGUAAGCUUAAUAAGAUCCCCCAGUAA